GGGAGCGGCCGGAGCGGGGCCGGGAGCGGCGGGGCCGGGGCCGAGCGGGGCCGGGCGGGACCCUCCGGGCUCCCCCGGGGCCGGCGAGGCGGCGAUGCCGAGCAAGAAGAAGAAAUACAACGCGCGCUUCCCGCCGGCGCGGAUCAAGAAGAUCAUGCAGACGGACGAGGAGAUCGGGAAGGUGGCGGCCGCCGUGCCCGUCAUCAUCUCGCGGGCGCUGGAGCUGUUCCUGGAGUCGCUGCUGCGCAAGGCGUGUCACGUGACCCAGUCCCGCAACGCCAAGACCAUGACAACGUCUCACCUGAAGCAGUGCAUCGAGCUGGAGCAGCAGUUCGACUUCCUCAAGGACCUGGUGGCGGCCGUGCCCGACAUGCAGGGGGACGGCGACGACGCCCACGGCGACGGGGAGCGCGGACCCCGCAGGGGGCGCCGCCCGGGCAGUGGCCGCAAGAACGGGGGUCCCGGUGCCAAGGGGACCCCGAAACAAUCGGGGACAGACUCGGAGCAGGAGGAGGAGUCUGAGGACAGCGACAGCGACGGCGACGAGGAGACGCCACAGGUGCCCCCGGCCCCGGCCCCGCUCACCUUCGCCAGCCCCGGGGUUCCCUUCGCCCCCCUGGGCCCCCCCCCCCUCCCGGGGGGGCUCCCCCCGGCCCCCGGCCCCCCCCGCGCCCGCGAGGAGGAGGAGGAGGACGAAGAUUACGAUUCCUAGCGCCCCCCCGCCGGAUUUUUGCCCGUUUCUCCAGGAUUUCUCCCCAAUCCCGGCUCGGGCCCCCCCCCCCCCACAGGGCCGUACUGGGAGCUGGGCCUGGCACCAGUUUGGGGGGGCGGGGGGGUACUGGGAGCACUGGGACCC